AUGACCAAUAGCUUUGUGUUGAUAUUGUGUUGCUUGGCAUUACUAUCCGCAAUCCGAGGGAAUGAGGCUGUUCAGUACACUGUUACGAACAACGCAGCAACAACGCCAGGUGGUGCUCGGUUCGCUAGAGAGAUCGGGGUCCAGUAUACCUUACAAGCCAUGAACACCUCCACAGCCUUCAUCUGGAGGACUUUCCAGCAGUACUCCGCUGCUGAUCGCAAAAAUCUUCCGAAAGUUAGCUUGUUCAUCGAUAACAUGGACGGAGUGGCAUAUGCCAUUAACGGCGAGAUCCAUGUCAGCGCCCGAUACGUUAAUGGGUAUGGGGGCAAUGUGAAAACUGAGUUCACUGGCGUUUUGUACCAUGAAAUGACGCAUAUUUGGCAGUGGAAUGGCAACGGGCAGGCGCCGGGUGGUCUGAUAGAAGGAAUAGCUGAUUUUGUGAGGCUGAAAGCUGGUUAUGCCGCGAGCCACUGGGUGAGGCCCGGGCAAGGUGACCGGUGGGAUCAAGGCUACGACGUGACUGCUAGGUUUCUCGACUACUGCAAUGGACUCAGGAGUGGAUUUGUGGCUCAACUCAACAAGAAGAUGAGAGGUGGUUACAGCAGCAAUUACUUUGUGGAGUUGUUUUAUCCACAACUUAGGGACGCUUUCUUUUGCGUUCUAAUUAAAUUAUUGUUAUUUUGAAAAUUUUCAAACGCUGAUAAUUGCGUAUCAAUUUUUGUAUCCUUAAAAGAUACAACAAGUUUUGUAGUGAUCCUAACAUCUCCUAUUGUUAUAACUUGUCCCGGUGGCACGUCGUCAUGUCCUCAUUUAUGAAUUUGAAUUAAACAAUUUCUUAAAAUUAA